GCUAUUAUGAUUAUUUAAUAAAUAUUUGUAGUGUGAAGAAUCGGUUGGAAUUUCAUCAGUUGCCUCUGAAACAUAAAGCUUAGGGAAAUUAUUAAUAGGAACAAUGUUGGCACUUCGCACCGCAUUACGCUGUAAUUUUGCAGCCCCCAAGCUUGCUCGAAAUACCACAACUUCUUUCAAGAUCGGUCAUUUUUGUACGUCACAAUCUGUGGCAAAUGUUGCUGUUCGAAAUGUAGUAACAUUUCACAUACCAUCUCAACCAGCUUUACUAAAUGGUCAAGUAAUCCAAAGAAGACAAUAUGCAUCAAAUACGAGGAAAGAUGAUACCGAUACAGAACCUAUGCAACGGGUUUACUACGGUUCUUUGGCACCAAGAAUGAAAGCAGUCAAAUUUUUCUCCCUGACUACCAGUUUAGCCGGCCUGGCUGCCCAGCCUAUAUUAAUGGAACAGGGUAUGAAAAUGGGAGGCACAGGAAUGGCUGUAUUCUUGUGUGGAUUUGCUGGUUUCUUUACAUUUGUCACACCGUUCCUGUUACAUUUCAUCACAAAGAAAUAUGUUACAGAGAUACAUUAUAAUCCACAGACCGAUGAAUAUGUAGCCACAACAAUAUCAAUUAUUUUGCAAAAAAUUAAGACCAAAUUUAGGCCCAGUGAUGUAAAAGUUCCCGAAGUUCCUGGAAUGUUUACAUCUUUCUUGGUUAAUGGUAAACCGCUUUUUGUUGACCCUGCUUUAUUCGAUGACCCAGAACAUUAUGUGCGCAUUAUGGGCUAUGACAAACCUAUUGAUUUUAAAUUAGAAACGACAAAUGUUUCCAAUGACGAUAGUAGCAAGAUCAAGAAAUAAAUCGAUGUAAAAUAUGAA